AAGGAUCCCCCGCAGCUCAUGUGGCGCGGCCUCUGCUGCGCGGUGCUCCUCGCCUGCUCAUCAUCCUCGGCCCGGCCGCUCCGGCCCGGGGCUCCGCGCGGCUGGCCGCCACGGCGCCCCCCGGGGCGGCCUCGGCUGGGCGCCCUUCCCUCGGAGAACCCACGGAGGGCGCCCUGGCGGUGCCCUGGUCGCCUCCGCCGGGCGCGGCCACCGCCCCGGCGCCAGCCGAGGUGCCGCCCUCGCGCGCGCCCGCCCGCUCGCUCGGCGGGGGCGCCCGGGCGCCGCAGGGCGGGCGGCGCUUCGUGGAGGAGGGGCGCCUCCUCCGCGGCCGGGGGCGGCGGGUGGUCGGCGGCGGGGAGCUGCGCGGGAGGCGCCCGGCGGGGGGCGCGGAGCCGGCGCAGAGGCGGCGGGCGGCGAGCCUGCUGGGCGCGCUGGGCCUGGCCUCGGCGGCGUCGUGGCUGCUGGGGCCGCGGGCGUCGCAGGACCCGCUGCUGCAGCCGGGGGCCGCGCGGUCGACCGGGGCGAUCGAGCAGGGCUCCGUGCUGCUGUCCCGGCCCGGGGGGCACUUCGCCGACCGCCAGCAGUACUUCCACAAGUCCGUCAUCCUCAUCGUGAGGCAUCGCGCGGACUUCGACCUGGGCAUCAUCCUGAACCGGCCGACGGGAGUCCUCUCGUCGCAGCUCGGGCUGCCGGGGCCCCCGCGGAGCGUCUGGUUCGGAGGGGACUGCGAGGGCCUGAGGCCGCUCAGCUUCCUCCCGCCCGGGGAGCUCCAGGGGUCUCCGCGCAUGUUUUGCCUGCACACCGACGAGGAGCAGUCCCUGGACUCCACACGAAUUGCUUCUGGUGUGUAUUCGAUGGAUUCGUUCAAGGCGCAGCAGCUAGCGAUUCGCGGCGACCCGCGAGCCAACGACUUCAUGUUCUUUGCCGGCUACUGCGGCUGGGGGGCGGGGCAGCUCCAGGACGAAUUAGACAGGGGAGACGUGUGGAAGUUGGCCACUGUAGACAGCCAGAUCAUUAUCCGAGAGAUGAGGGAGGCGGCGCUUGAAUUGAGAGCCUUGUCCACAGUUGGACUCGACGACGGUAUCGCCGAGUGGCGCCACUUCUACUCUGCAGUUGACGCUGGGCUACCCAUGCAGGUGAGAGGCCCCGAAGACGUUGUGAGCAAAGACGACCGAGCAGACGAUCGGCUCGCCGACCAAAUGCUUCGAGACUGGGUGCAGUUGAAUUUGCAGGGCCUGGCGUAG